UGGACCAGGGAGGAGAAGAGGACCAUCACCGAACAACCAGCGGCUUGUUUUUCAGGCCCAGCUGCAGCAUCCCUCAUCAUGACUAAAGAGGAGAACCUGGAGGUGCAGGAGAAGGAGAGGCACGACCGAGAGGAGCAGGAGGAGGGGAGGGUCCAGAAGGAGGAGGAGGAGGCUCUGACUGAGGAAGAGGAGGAAGAAGAGGAAGACGAUGAGGAGGAAUACGAGCUAGAGGAGAGGGAGGGCGAGGAGAGAACGGAGGUGGAGGAUGAGGAGGACGACGAGCAGGAGCAGGAGGAGGAGCGGGAGGAGAGAGAGGAGCGGGAGGAAGAGGAGGAUCCACCGGCCGGCAGGGAGCUAGAGCCUGAGCCGCUGUCAGUGUCUGAGUACCAGAGUCCGGUCCAUGAACCGCGGCGCCGAGCCAUGGUGCAUCCCUCCGCCCAGGCACCGCUGCCCAAAGACUACGCUUUCACCUUCUUCGACCCCAAUGACCCGGCGUGUUUGGAGAUCCUCAUGGAUCCUCGGACCACCAUCCCCGAGCUGUUCGCCAUCGUGCGUCAGUGGGUUCCCCAGGUGCAGCACAAGAUCGACAUCAUUGGCAACGAGAUCCUGAAGCGAGGCUGUCAUGUGAACGACCGCGACGGUUUGACCGACAUGACGCUGCUUCACUACAGCUGCAAGGCUGGAGCACACGGAGUCGGCGACCCGGCAGCGGCGCUGCGCCUCAGCAGCCAGCUGAUCUCUCUGGGCGCCGAUGUGAGUCUGAGGAGCCGCUGGACCAACAUGAACGCUCUGCACUACGCCGCUUAUUUCGAUGUCCCAGAACUGAUCCGAGUCCUGCUCAAAGCCACUAAACCCAGAGUGUUGAACUCCACAUGCAGUGAUUUCCACUACGGGACGGCUCUCCACAUCGCUGCCUCCAACCUCUGUCUGGGUGCAGUCAAAUGUCUGCUGGAGCACGGAGCCAACCCCACCGUCCGGAACGAUAAGGGCCAGGUUCCUGGGGAGGUGGUUCCUGAUCCGAUGGACAUGAGUCUGGACAAGGCCGAGGCUGCCAUGGUGGCCAAAGAGCUGAAGCAGUUGCUGCUGGACGCCGUUCCUCUGAGCUGUAACCUUCCCAGAGCCACGCUGCCCAACUAUGACAACAUCCCAGGAAACCUGAUGCUGACCUCGCUGGGGCUGAAGCUGGGAGACCGCGUGAUGCUGGACGACAUGAAGAGUGGCACUCUGAGGUUCUGCGGGACUACAGAGUUCGCCAGCGGUCAGUGGGUCGGCGUGGAACUCGACGAGCCGGAGGGGAAGAACGAUGGAAGCGUCGGCGGCGUCCGCUACUUCAUCUGCCCUCCUAAACUAGGGAUUUUCGCACCGGUGUCAAAGAUUUCCAAGGCUGUGGAUCAGGCGCUCUCGUCUGUCACCUCCACCCCCCGAACGCCCCGCAUGGACCUGGCCUCCCGCCUCGCAGGAAAGACCAAGAAGGAGAAAGAGAAGAAGGAGAAAGAGAAAGCCCAGAGGAAGAAGUCGUCAGUCGCCAGUCUGGAUCCGGAGGGAAUGAACGUGGAAGUCGGUGAUCAGGUUCUGGUGGCCGGACAGAAACACGGCAUCGUCCGCUUCUACGGCAAGACCGACUUUGCUCCAGGUUACUGGUUUGGUAUCGAGCUGGAUCAGCCGACAGGGAAACAUGACGGCUCAGUGUUUGGAGUCCGCUACUUCAGCUGCCUCCCCAAAUAUGGAGUGUUUGCUCCGCCCUCCCGCGUCCAGAGAAUCGGAGGUCCUAAAGACGGCUCACAGAAUGACAACUCCAUGGUGAAGAAAGUGCAUCAGGUCACAAUGUCGCAGCCCAAGCGUAACUUCAACACAAUGCGUUCUCCUAAAGACCUGACCUCUGAGAGCUCCAUAUCCAGGUUGCUGUUCUGCUGUUGGUUUCCGUGGAUGCUGCGUGCUGAGAUGCAGUCCUAACCUCCUCUCCCUCCUUUACCUGUACACCGGAUUGAUCUCUCCGCUCUUCUUUUUUCGCCAUCUCUUACUUUCGCUCUCCUCACUGAGUCUCCUCAGAUUAUCGCUGUUGUCGGUCAAACUUCUCGUAGUGAAAACCCCCGUCCCUUUUCUCUCGUACGCUCAGCCCAAAAUCCUUCUAAUUUAGCCGUUCUAUAGCAAAAUCUAUAGUGCCUUGUAUCUGAUCAAAACGUCCUGCAAUCCUUUAAUGAAACUGAGAAUCCAGCUCUGCUAAAGCAAUUCCCCAAAAAUAUUCUCUUUACCCGUUUACACAUCUUAUCAUUUUGUCACAUUGUCCCAGCUUGGUAUUUGUCCACGUUGUAUCUUUUUGGGGCAGAAAAACUGCUGUUUAUUCACUCUGAGGAUAACAAAAAAACCACAUAGCAUUAGCUUGUGCUGCUACAUGUUUUGUUUUUGCUGCUACUAGAUUUGGGUCUCACCAAAUUCUGGAAUGAGUGCCAAACGGAUUUGUCAUAAAGUUUGGCACCAGUUGGCUGGAAAAGUGUAAAUAUUGUUGAUGGUUUCGACUUGCGUUUUGCAUAUUUGUUUAAAUCCGGAAACAUACUCUGCGUAAGUACCUGAACACACGCACUCUGCUGCCUUGACAGUUACAGUUAUUUCAGAUCUUUCUUGUUGCCUUGAAACUGCACUUCACGCUUGUGUCGCGUUGCAGACUUCUUGUGUUUUCAAGCACGGGUGUGAACGCCAUUCAUGAGUCGCUUCAACGUGUUCACGUACUCACGUAGAUUAUGUAUUUGAUUGACUUGAGUCAGUCUGUAGUGGUGGACCCAGAUUUGGCUGCUGCUGCUUCACUACUCAUCUGAGACCAAGAACUUCAUUUAAUUUGUGCUGUCUUUACAGUUUUCUCUUUUCUCUUGUGUCGAGACUAUCUCUCCACCCUACGUACUCUACAUUCACAGGUGAUGAAACUCUUUAAGGCACAUAAGCUGAGGUGUCCACGCACUAAUCGUGAACUUUUUGCUCUACUAGGAUCACACACGCAUGGCCUUUCUGACUAACCAUGAUUUGAACGUGUUUCGGAGCAGCCUUUAGCUGGAGAGAUAGUCUCACACUCAGAGAACUAUGGUUACACAAGUAACCAAGUCAGUGCUACAGAUCUACUUUCAACCCUCAAUACUUCUCUAAACUGUGUGUGAAGAACUUUAUCACUUGCAUGCUUUAAUCUCAGAUUUCAAACUGAAAACAGGGUUAAUCAUCUAGUAUCUACUGACUUUGUUGUAUUUUAUCAUGUUGUUACAGUCGAUUAUAUUUUUUUAUCUUACAGAUGUGUAAUAUCACUGUUGGGGUGGAAGAGGACAAAAUGGUUCUUGGUCUCUAUGAUAUAUAUCUCGUCGCAUGUGAGAAAUGUUGCUCUGUAGUUAAUACGGAUGCCAACAUUUUCUUACAUCAAGUCGAAUUUGACGUAUUAAAGAUAAAGUGUAUGUUUAAGUUGCGUUAGUCACCCUUUCACAACAAAUGUGAACACAUAGGAAACAGCUGGAUUUGUCUUUUUCCUUCAUCACAUCGAAAAAGAAAAAUAAAGAUUCAGCUAAUUUAGUCUUAAAUAGAAGAACUAGUUAGAUAUCAUCUCGACUGAACGCCUUGGAAUAAAUAAAAUGUCAUUAUUAAUCAGUGUAUUGCCAAAUACAAACAUUAGUCCUCCUAGUUAGAGUUAAAAUACAGUGUAUUAUAGAAAUCUUAUAAAGAGCUACAGUACAAUUGUAAUGUCAUUAACCAAAAUUGCUAACAGACCCAAAACUUCCUUUAUGUAUCUUAAAAAUCAAAAAUGUUCAAAUGAAAGUGUUUUCAGCCCCGAAACAUGUGAUAUUAAUGUUUUUGUGUUGCUUCUGUCAUGCAUAUGCCUGAAAAUAAGCUUCAUUUAAACUUAAUCUCAGCUUUACAACAAUGAAUCAGUUUAGAGUUGAAUAUUAUCCAGCUCUGUUUCCCUACAUCCAACAUUAAUUUUGUUCAUCUUGAGGUUUAAAAUUUUCUACCUUAGAAUUUUAAACCCUUGACAAACUCUCCAGAGAGUCUGUGAUAUUUGUAAAAGUUUUCCUCCCUCUUUCUCCUUCCCCUCUACUCUCAUCCCUCUUUCUCCAGUUAAAUAACUUCGGUACAUUUGUGAAUGUGAGCAUCUGUGAAAAGACAAAACAAAAACACAAGUUAAUCUAAACUUACAUGUGUGCUUAAUGUUAAAAUCUUUCUCCAGUAUGUGCAUAACUGAAAACAGCAAUAUGUUAACAGUGUACCUAUCUCUGUGUGGAAAUGGUUCCUGUGUUAAUGUCUAUUUACACUCUGUAAGCACACUAAUACAGAGGGAUGAACACACUCACACUCUGAUGCCCGAAACUACCAACAAAUGUUCAGACGGAGAAAAGAAACAUUAAAAAACAACAAAUCAGUCACUGGAGGCACAGUACAUUUACACCUCAGAGACUUUGAGAUUAGACAAACAGUGCGUAAACCCAAUAAUGGAAACCCAAAUUUUAUCAUCUAUAUCUUUAAGUGAUAUUGCAUGUAUGGCAUGUUUUACAGGUUGAAUUUUCAAUUUAUGACCAUGAAUCGUUGCUCACAUUUGUUCAGAUAUAGUUUGUGCUCUGGAAAGACUUGAGUAUACUUCUGAAUUUUGUGUUCCCACUCAUUUUACUGUGAGUUAUUUAUCAAAAAGCACCUCACAAGUUAGUUUUCUCUUUUGGAUAAAACAUACAGAUCUCAGAGAUGCAACUGCAUUUUUCCAGAGCUGUGAAACUUUAUCAAUAUCUAUAUCAAUAAAAAAAAAUGUAACAGAUGAUUGUACCUAUAAAUAAUGGAUAAUAAUAUUACAUAAUAUUGGGUUUUAUUACUAAAUUGUUUUAUAACUAUUCCGCACAUUUCUGCAUUUUUAAAAAGUAAUUUUUCGUAAAAGUGCUGAAAACAAGAAGAUGGCUCUUUGGUAUUUUGGUAAAAUCCUAAAGUGGGUGAAGUUUUGGAGUCCAUCAGCCUCUGAAGCUGGUCAAUGAGAAACUUUCUCCGAGUUCAGACUGAACAGGCAGACUGAACAUUUGUUGUUGGUUCAUUGAGUAUUUUUCUCAGUUGUUCUUUACGCACUGCAGCCUUGACUAAAGGAAACACUUUGUGGUUGCUCUUGCACACUGCUGUUGAUAACUGUUCUGUUUGUGCCCGUGGAGUCGGCUUCAACAUUACACUAAUGAUAACUACAGCGCUUACACUCAUCAAGUGCUCAGUUUAGCUCAACAGAGUUCAGUCAGGCCAUGGCUGCAUAUGAGCUUUUCAUUCAAAACUCUGCUCUGAGCGUCACUGCUGAAUGUGAGGUCAAGCGGACAGGUGGCGCGAGUAACACGUCAUCCAACUCUCAGGCUUUGUUAUGAGUCGUAGGUUGAGGUAUGAGGAGUCCUGAUCGGCUGACAAAGCACCGACCAGUUUAACAUUUUGGACACAAACUCCUGACCCAUUAGCGCUUGUUUUGAAGGUGUUUUUCGGCCUGAAAGUUCAGGUGGUUUAAUCAUCUUGCAAUCCUUGCAAUCAUCUUGUGUGAUCACUGCUUCAUCCUAACAACAAGGCCAGGGUUCGCAUCUAUCUUGGAAAAACUGAAAUUCAGUGAAGCAGCUUUCUAGGUAGAAAAUGUCGUUGAAAAUAACAGAAAUGACCCGAAGGUCCUGAAAACUACAAAACUAUAAACUACCAGCUUUUUUCAGGGAUGAGGUGAGGUUUAUAUUAUGCACACUGCUGAUUUUAGUAUUCGGCAUCUCAAGUUCGCAGUGUACUGAGAAACCUGACUGAACUUAAUUUCAGCUGUAAAAUCUGAAUAAUAACCGAAAUCAGAAUUAAACUUCACUUUAAGCCACUUUUCUGAACCACUUUGGGUUGUUGAAACUGUCCUUUAAAGGUUCUUGAAGACAGUUUCUUGAAAGGAGCGAGAAUCUUGAAGUCCUGUUAACACGAUAUGCAGAUGACUCACAGCUGUACCUCCCUGUAUUCAUACUGUUAGCUACUUUCCCCUGCCAUGCCAUGCCAUGCCAUGCCAUGCAAACCGCCUGAUGAACUUCAGUAAAUCCACAUGGUAUAGUUCACAUCUGUUUAUAAUUUCACACACAGGAAACAUGUCGCUACAAAUAAGCUGCUGCAGCACAAUGUUCAGUGCUAAAGCUCCACUGAGUCAAGAUCCGCUGACUCUUUCAUUUUAGGUGAACAUUGACGUUAGUGGACCACAGUGAUGGUGGACGUUUGUCUUUGUACAGUAAACGUACAGUACAGUCAUUGUGUCCCAGUGAAGCCUAUGUUGGUUUGAACAUUGUGUUCUGACUACCGUGUAAAUGUGGAGCUUUCUCUGGUUUGGCCACUACGUGUCACUAGCGAGUCACUAGUUAUUCAUGUUACUACCAGAAAACAUUACAUAAGCUUUCUUCAUUACAUAUUCUCUGUUUAAUUUACUCAAAUUAAAGGACCAUACUACUGAUUUUGCUUGUUUAAGCCCUUUAACUUCAAACUGUGCAUACUGUAUACACUGAUUUGUAGUUUAUGGACUAAAACACUCAGAAUCACUGGUUUGGACCCUUCAGAUCAUCUAUAAUCGAUCGGUGUACGUGUUUGAGAAUAUAAUGUUGAACUCAUUCUCAUAGAAACUAACUCAGCACUGGUUGUUUUAACAUUAAUAAGUCUUAAGAAUAUACAGUAUAUAGCCUAUAUUUUGAUAACUUCACUAAGUGUACUUUUUGUUCUCCAGUUUUGUAGUGUGUGUGUGUGUUACUUCGUGCUUGGUUACAGCCCAUGUGUGUGAGUCACUCCUGUUUUAAAAAGUGCGUGAAACUGAUGGACGUUAAAGGGGAAACAGGGGAGAACGAGCAUCGGACGUCUUCAUCUUAACAGAUACUCACUGCAUGCUCUCUCUCUUUCUGUAACUUUCUCUCUCAGUAUUUUCUGAUUUUGGUUUUUCAAUAUGUGUAUCUUCUUCUCAUCAGCAUGGAAAUGCUUCAAAUAAUAACAGUGACAACUUGAUGAAU